AUGGUGUUCACCACAAACUGUGUUGAGAAACCAAUCCGAUCUUGUCUGGAAAAAGUUGGCAGAUUCAUCGGACAGCAUCCUUGGUGGUUCAUAUUCAUCCCACUCGGUCUGUCUGCAGCUCUCGGUGUCGGUUUCUAUUUUCUCGAGGACAGGAAGUCUAAUGAUAUCGUGAAGCAGUUCACACCAUGUGAUGGGCAUGCAAAGAUGGAGAAGCAUUUCUAUGAGACCUUUUUCCAAAGCAGUGAUGGUGAUGACGACGAUGACAACGACAAGUUAUUUUCUGCUCUGAGGUUAAGCACUGACGGUACAUACGCAUCUGCAAUCUUCACCUCUGGGACGAAUGUUCUCAGCGAAGAUGCUCUUACAGAAAUCCUGCACGUGGACGACCAUGUGAGGAUGACCACUCUGGAAUACGACGGACAGGAGUUUUCCUACAACGAUAUUUGCGCGCGAGUGAACGACUCCUGUCAAGAGAACCACCUUCUCAAGGUUUUGGACUAUAAUGCAAGCAACAUCUACAGGUUCAACCUGACGUUUCCUGUACAUCAUGACAACACACUCGGUGUUGUUCAUCUAGAACAUUCAGUUGGGCAGGUAGAAGUGGACGAGAACGGAUUUGUUCAGAGCGCCAAGGCAGUGAGACUCAUUUACUACCUGCAGCACACUAAUAGCAUGCUGGAGCAAGCUUGGUUGAAUGACUUUGUGAAUUUGCUGAACAACAAAUCAACUUAUGUGACACAGGUGUCCUACUUCACAUCCAUAUCAAGGCAACAAGAAUUUGAGAAGAGCACCGAGUCCAUCACACAGCUUUUUUCCAUCACCUACUUCAUUGCCAUUCUGUUUUCAGUGCUGUCAUGUGUAAGGCUUGACAACGUGAGGAAUAAAGUGUGGGUGGCUUCUCUUGGAGUAAUCUCAACUGGACUAGCUGUACUUUCUGGUUUUGGCUUACUCUUGCUAAUGAAAGUCCCAUUUGUCAUAACCGUGGCAUCUUCUCCAUUCCUGGUACUCGGGAUUGGCAUUGAUGACAUGUUCAUCAUGAUCUCCUGCUGGCAGCAGACCAAUGUCCAAGACACUGUAGCAGAGCGCAUGGCUGCUACAUACAGAGAAGCAGCGAUCUCGAUCACAAUCACCACCUUGACUGACGUUGUGACCUUCUACCUCAGUUACAGCAACCCAUUUGGCUCGGUACAAUCCUUCUGCCUAUAUGCUGGGACGGCCAUCUUGUUCUGCUACCUGUAUAACAUCACUUUUUUUGGUGCGUGUUUGGCACUGAACGGCAAAAGGGAGGAAAGCAAUCGGCACUGGUUGACAUGCCUGAAAGUUCCAGAAGAAAGCCUACCUGGAUCUUCGAAAGCUUAUAUUGCCUGCUGUGUAGGGGGAGCCUACAACCACGAAACUAGAACUGAAGAGGAACACUUGAUGAAACUGUUCUUCAGGAAGUACUAUGGACCUUUUCUGACCACAGAUCUUGCCAAAGCAACAGUGGUUCUCCUUUACAUCGCCUACGUUUCCAUUAGUAUCUAUGGAUGCACCAUGAUCAAAGAAGGGAUUGACCUGAAGAACCUGGCGGUGGAUCAAUCGUACGUGGUUAAAUACUACGAAGACGAAAAGACGCACUUUGCCAAGUAUGGUCCGAUCAUCAUGCUGGCGGUCAAUGCUACGUUUCCAUAUUGGGACAACGGAGAACGAGCUCAACUGGAGUCUUGCAUUUUAGAAUUCCAAGGCCUUCCUUUCGUUGAGAAUUUGGCCACCUCGUGGCUUCAUUCUUUUGAGAGUUACGCCAAAGAAAAGCACCUCAACAUCAGCUCAGAAGUUGAAUUUAUGGAACAUCUGCACCCUUUUCUACAAGGUCAACCAAUGCUCAGAUUAGACGUCAACAUGACUGGCGAUACGAUUCAAGCCUCACGCUUAUUUCUUCAAACAGUUAACGUUCCGUCGGAGAAGAUCAUGCUCGAAACGUUGAGAAAAACUGCCCAAAAUUGUCAAAUCCCUUUAGUGGUAUAUCAUCCUGCAUUUAUAUAUUAUGAUCAAUAUACUGUGAUUGCAAACAACACUAUUCAGACCGUUAGCAUUGCUACUGCGGUGAUGCUCAUCAUCUCGCUUAUACUCAUCCCAAGCAGAGUUUGUGCUUUAUGGGUCACUUUUGCCAUCGGAUCAGUCAUUGUAGGAGUUGCAGGCUUCAUGGCGUUGCUAGGCAUCAGCUUGGACUCCAUUUCAAUGAUCAACCUGGUCAUUAGUAUCGGGUUCUCUGUGGAUUUCUCAGCUCACAUCUCUUACACGUUUGUAUCCAGCGCUAAGCCGAGUGUGAACGAUAAAGCCGUAGAGGCGCUUUCGCAUCUGGGCUAUCCCAUACUACAGGGGGCGUUUUCGACAGUUCUCGGGGUGGUGGUGCUCUCUGCAUCAGCCAGCUACAUCUUCAGAACUUUCUUCACCAUCAUGUUUCUGGUCAUAUUGUUUGGUUUGCUUCAUGGUAUUGCUUUUAUCCCGGUGUUUUUAACCUUCUGUCUCAAGUUUUAA